AUGAACGAGCAGAUCAGACAAUUCUGCAGGGAGUGUUUGAGCUGCCAGACAAGCAAGGCAGGAAAUAAGAACGUGACACCACCAAUGGGGUCACAAAAACCAAUGGCAAUUUGUCACUUUGGACUACAUUGGGCCAUUACCAGCGUCGGGACGAAAUCGCUGCUAGUAGCAACCGAUGUGUUCAGUAAAUUUGUCCUUGUUCAACCAUUUCGGGAGGCUAAAGCGGAACCACUAGUAGAAUUUGCGGAGAAUAUGAUCUUCCAAUUAUUCGGUGUCCCGGAGAUCAUCCUGACCGACAACGGAUCACAGAUCGUUACUCCUAAGUCUUUGACUGUAGUCUCCCGAGUCAGUGUCUGA